AUGCCGAAUAAAUCUAAAAAGGACAAGGUGAGUGAAAGAGCUGCUUAUAUGGGAUAACGCUUAGAUAUGAAACUUGCACGAGGCGCGUUGUUAAGUGGCUUUUAUUGAUUAAACCGGCUUGAAAAGAAGACAUUUAGCAGUCAUUUUGCGAUGUCCCAUCACACUGACUGUUAACGGCAGUCAUCCUCAGCUAACCGCUAUCCUGCCAACAUGUUAGUGCCUCAUUAAAAUAACGCGUCUUCUCUCAGAAGUAUGAUGGACUAGUAAACUUAAAAUGCACGUACGCCCCCGAGCUUUACGUGGGUGCUUUUCAGCGCGCGCAUCCGCUUUUUGUCUAUUUUUUAAAGCCGAAAGCCGGGGUCGUGUAAAGUAACGUCCGUUAGCUAGCAUCAGACUUAGCGCUGUGUUCAAACAGGAGUGUGAGACUGGGUGGGCAGGCAUGGCUAUAUUUAGCUGGGAUUUUCUGCAUGGAGGCAUUCAUUGAUAGACUGCUUACGUGUGUUGCCAUCCGUCCUAUCUGCUUGUUGCACGUUAAAAAUGCUUUAAUUUUUUUUUCUCUCUUUUUUUUUUUGCUUUUUCAGGAGUCCCCUAAAUCUGGCAAAGUGGGCAAAAGUGGAGGACAAGAGAACUCAGAGCAUGAGGUAGGCUAAUAAGAAAAUAAAAACUUCACAAAGCUCAUAAUUAAAACAGAAGGGGUAUUUGAAACACAAGCCCAAUUGCCUUACAGUUUAUGACAAUGGACUGCAAUCACAAUGACAUAAAUCAUUAGGCUCCACCCAUGCAUUAUCAUUGCUGUGAUUGUGGGGAAGCUCUAUAGAUAAAGAUGCUGGGAAAUGAUUAACUGUACUGUAAUAUAUCCAGUGGAUGAUAUACAGCUACCAGCAAUAACGAUGUGAACAACCGGGCAAUCUAAUGCAAUUAAAUACAACAUCUCUACCAUAAAUUCAACUUUUAGGAAGCAGUUUUUGUUUGUUUUGACCACAUGAUGGGUGUUGAGUAGGGCCCGACUGAUAUGGAUUUUUUGGGGCUGAGGCCGAUACCAAUUAUCAGAAGGGGAAAAAUCCGAUUACCGAUUGAUCGGCCGAUUUUAAAUUUUUUUUUAAUGAAGUUAUAAAAAUGUAUAUACUGUAGAUAUAUACAUUAUGCUUUAUACUGUAGAUAUACUGUAGGCUUUUGCUCUUCACGUUGACAGGAAGACUGACUGAUCAAACUCGGACCAGAAAAGUGGUUUCAACUACAUUUUAUUUCUGAGUUUUGGCCGAUUAUAGAUUAGUCUUAAACGGGCUAAAAUUGGCCCAAGUGUUGAGUGCACUUGACAGUUAUUAUUAAAGAUAUUACAGGAGGUGGUAGUGUCAUGGAGUAGAGGAGAGUGGGGUAAGAUGAGCCAUUUUUCAUAUUUCGGAUUACUACAUCAUAGUUUAGUCUCCAUCUAGUGUAUCUGCACAUAUUUCAAGAUGUUGUGCAUUCCUGCAAACCAACAGAAUGAGUGUAAACAUAAGUGGUCUCCUAUGGUCAGUUUACCCCGUGUAUGGGGUAAGUUGGCCAUAGGAGCGGGGUAAGUUGAGCCGUAUCCCUACUACCCCUCCACUCUCCACCCCAGCCCUCCCUUACCUUCUCUCUCCCUAACUGGUACAAUAAUUCUUUUCAUUAUCAUUGCAUAUAACUGCUGAAAGCUGUUUUUGUAUAAAGCCAUUUUAACAUGAGAAUGCCUUUAAGUGAUUCAGAACAUUUACUUCUCUAAACUAAAAUGGUGGACUUUUAUGUUAGGUUUUUGACCUCAUGUUGUAGCUCAUAGAUACCACAAUUGAUGUAUAAAACUAAUUUAAAAUGAUCUUUUUUGAUCUGAACACAAUUCUGAUAAAACUUAUGACGGACUAAAUUCACUUUCAAGAGUGAAAAAUGUUUUUUUGGAAAUAAACCCCUUCACCCAUGUCCUUCUAACCUUCACAGACUCCAUGAAUUGAUGCCCAUCUCCUAAAUAUUUGGUCACAUGAUCCAUUUCAUUUACCAUUUCCAAGCAACAGGGGGUGGCUCAACUUACCCUUUGGCUCAACUUACCCUACUCUCCCAUAUGUUGUAUUGGAACGUGUCCCUUAUGUUUUGUCCUCUUCAUCAGUGAACAUAAAAGGAGUUAACACAUACUGUUCCCCCCCUCUGAAAAAGUUAAAUGUAUGGUAGAGCAGCUGUAUCAGGUGCAUUGGGAUUGCCCAGGUGUUUCAUAAUAUUAUGGCUGGUCAGAGUUUAUUUGAUGAUAAUCGGUAUUUAAUUUUUCUGAUUUAUGUAAUGGAAUAUAAUGGGUACAUGUACAGUAUUAUUCAGCCAUACCAUGUAUAUCAUAGUUUAUAAAUAGCACAGGGAGUGGCUGCAAUAUUUGAAAUUCCAGGAGAAAAAUGCAACCCAGCACAGCAGACCUUUCAUAUCGUAGACUUUACAUUGUGUAACUGUCAAACUGUCAAGUGAAGCUGUGCUAACAUGUCAAAGUGUAGUGCAGCUUUUGGUUGACUGAGCUAUUUUUUGAUCACUCUGUUUUAGUUUUGUUUAAUGUAUGACAGAAAGUUCAUCAAGAUUUACUUAAAUUCUCAGCACUAUACGUGACUCAUGUUUCGACCGUGUUGAAAUGCAGUGGUUUAUUCGACUGAUGUUGCCUUGUGGUUGCUGUAAUGCAGGGUGUGGGGAAAGGAAUUGCAGUUUAAGGUGUAUGCACUUCCUUGGUAGAAGGGCCGAUGAUGCAAAACUAUCAUGGGUCAAAUAAAGAUUGAACUUCUCUAAAUCAGAGCCUUGAAGAGAAGCAGUGUGUGGUUAGGUUUUUACCAUGCUUCUGUUAGUGACGAGAGCACUUAUUGAAAGAACCGGGUAGUGCAUGGAUCGUAGUACUUCUCCUUGUGGCUUAACCUGCAGUUUGUUAGGAACUCGGUGCAAAAUUCUUGCGGGGGACAUCAAGUGUGAAGAGUUCACCGCAGUGUCUUCACCAUUUUCGCCGGUGCACUGCUACCACAUUUUUGUAUCAUAUGUUUAGAAUGUAGGAUAUACAAAAAUAUAACUGAAGAUAGUAUCUUCAGAAUGUAGGCUUUUGUGCACCGCAUGUACAACAGAUACAGAGUUGAUUAUCAGUCGUCUGGGCUUGUGAGAUUACUUUCUAUUUUUUUAAUUUUCUGAGCUCUCAUGUUUUUUGUGAACAUGUCUUUGCAGUUAUUGCACAAAACUGCCAUGAAUGCAGUAGAAAAGAAGAGACAUUACAUGUACAUGUGCAUUACAGCCCCUGCAAGUCGUUACAUUGACAUGCCGACAACAGCCAUCCACACCCUGUACUGACUGGCAGCAGUAUCUGACCAGCCAUUGACUGUUUUACUCACAUCUGGAUGUGAUCACAUCCAGAAAGGAGAAAGUGGCCGCCAGUGACAGUCCGCAUAACAAACUGCGAUACUGGAGCUUCACUGCAUGUCUGACACUGUUGGGGCUGCCUCACUGAACUGCUGCGGCUCACAACUUCCUGGCAUCCACACCAGCAGUGUAUUGGCAACCUGGCUGCUGGAGAGCUGCUACUGCCAGCUUUUUCCCUUUAUGUCGAGUUUGCCUAAAAUGUAGAUUUAGGGUGUAAUAUUUUGGGUCUUACGUUGGUGUGACUCCUAGGGAUGGGAAUUUUAAAUUUUUCUGAUAUCAUGAUCAAGAUUCUCAAACUGUCUUUAUCAGACUCCUAUUGAUGCAAAGACAAGACUUAUGGAAAGUAGAUUAUUGUCAUUUUAAUUUGAAUAUUUUCUUUGAAAGAUCUUUGCAUCGGUGGGUCAUACAAUAUGUUUUAAGGCAGUUGGAGCUAAUGUAAGGAAGUUAACCAGGGCUUGAUUCUAUAUGUAAUUUUUAAUCUAUAUUGCAGGAAAAAACAAACUUAUUCUUCCUUUAUGUAACUAUGUGACCAUAGACUGUAUAUAGAAUGGACAGCGUCCAUUCUAUAUAACAAGUUGUCCAUGGUAUAUACAGUCUAUGUGUGUGACUCGCAAGUUUUCUUUUUCUUGAUGUGAUAUUUGAACACAUCAUUCGGACUUAGCCUAGAAACAUUUGUCUCUCUGUGUGACAUCCCUGAGUCAACAAGAUAGCUUUUAUUCUGUAGAUUUUAACUUUGAUUCUAUCUUCUGAUUACAACUGUCUCUGCAUCGUAAUUUUUUUUUAAUUUACAGGAGUUUUCACAAAGUUUGAGUGUCAUUACCAUAUAUGAGGAGGAUAGCUUUCUGAAAAAUGCAGGACCAGGUCCAUAGUAGACCCAAGUUUGAAUCCUUAUCCCUAGUUUAUGUCGAGGAGAACUGGAACACUUGAAGUAGAUUUCAGCAUUGCUGUGUCUCUCACAUGGACUGUGUGGCUCUUCACAUUCAUGCCAGAAUGAUAGGCAACGGCAGAGUGGCCCAGGCGUUAGAUAGUGUUUUGGUUCUGUAAUAGCAGCAUUGGCAUCUGGCGUGAAUCGUUAUAUAACAGUACCGCAUUGAUGGUCAUGCACUUUAUUUUUAAGAAGGUAUCAGUGAAACACAACAUUCUCAGUAUGAAUCCUCUGAGAUAACAUAGACAUAACAUAAGUUUAACAAAAAGCAGAUUGAGUUAAGUGUUUUCCCACAACUUCUGCCAAGUCUGAACAUCAUCACGCCUGCAUAAAAAUACCUCAACACCCUUUUUUUCAUGGCGCUGAGGUCUUUCAUUUAUCAUGGUCAAUCAAAAAUCUUGAAACCAUUUUACAGCUGACAUGGCAGGUGGUCUUCCUCUUUCCUUGACAUUUUAUCUUUACAUUUGAAGGCCUGCUCACCACAUGUUUGUGUUUUGAUGGAUACCGGACACUGUCAGGCAUUACCUACACCCUGUUUCAUAACACAUUUAAGGCAGAGCAGUGUACACUUCAAAUAAACAUCACCAAAUACAUACAUAUUCAUGGUUGAUCCAAACACUUAUGAAUAAGUAAGACAUGUUGAAGAUCUGCUUUAUUCAUAUCUUGAGUUUCAUUCUCCUUGUCAGCUCUUUUUUUCUUUUUUCGGGUGAUGGUGAGCGAAGCAGCAAGCCUGAUUGUUGCCGUGUGUUAGCGGACAUUUGGCAGAUGUACUUUUGCACCAAGCUCGUGUCAAAUUGAAAUGGUCGGGCUGCAAGCUGCCGUCGUACGUCCCCACCCUUUUUUGUCCCACUUACUUAGUAAGCAGAAGUGUUUGAAGCUGAAGAGGCUUUUCAUAAUAUAUAAAAGCCUUCAUCUGCUGUCUGGGUAACAAACAAAUCAGUGAGCUACAUUAAAAGCAUUAAAAUCAUAGCUGACCUGACAGAUGUUUCUACUUUGGCUGAAUUAAUUAACAACAAGAUUAGUAAAUCCCUAUUUUUAGAUUACAAAAUAAUCUAGUUCAGUUUAUUUCCUUCUUUGCUCAACACUCUCUGUGUGCUCGGCUCUUAAGCUGCUGUCUUGUGCCGCUGCAGACUAGCUUUUCGCCUUAAAUGAAUGUAACAACUCCUCUGUGACUCAGACAGUCACAGCUCCGCAGCUGCAUCUAAUGAAGUAAGCCAUGUGACAUCAGGUGUGUGUUGAUGUAUGGGUCCCAACAGGCAGGUGGGAUCAGCUGUGAGAAACCUGACACAUUUAUUUUAGCCCACAUCAGGAUUAUAACCAGCAUUACAGAUGUCUUCUGGGUGCUUGUGAGAUUUACAAGUAGAUAAGGAGUCACACUUUUUCGUUUUCUUUAAGAUGAAUCAGAGGUGGGGGCUUGACGACUCGACUUGAGACUCGACUUGGACUUGAGUCCUGUUUUUGACUUGCUUGAUGAAAUCAAGAAAUGCCUUGGACUUGAUUGCUAAAGACUUGAGACUUGACUUGACUUGACUUGACUUGGGCCCAGUGACUUGAAAAGUCAAGUCAAGUCUUUUCAAGUCACUUAAUACCUUACAGCAAGCCCAAACCGUUUAAAAAGUGUCGCAUCAACUAAUAGUCAGGAAUUACCGCCGUUGGUAACACCGUGUUGUGUUGUCAAGUCUGCUUAUUUCCUGCAAAAAAAAUUCACUUGUUUUUGGCUUGUUUCUGGAGGUCUGUUUCCUUAUUUCUCUCAUGAAACUUGGCAACACUGUCUCAAACUCUAGCCUCCAUCAUAACGACAACACCGGGAGGACUGAACAUAAAUCGCUCGCUAGUAUUGCCCGCCUGUUUUAUUAAAUGCUAAAAGUGAAAAAUGCUCAUGAUUUAUGUAAAUCUUUACAUAUAACAAAUGGUUUAUGGCUUUGAUAUGACUUGUUUUUGACUUGAAAGAAAGGGUAAGGACUUGGACUUGACUCGAGACUUGAGAGCAAAGGACUUGGACUUGCCCCGGACUUGAGGGCAAAGACUUGAGACUCGACUUGGACUUGCAACAUAAGGACUUUCCCCCACCUCUGAAAUUAAUACACUGUUACAUUUGGCGGCUUCACUCAGGUGUGGUGAAGUGCGUUUUAUAGCCUUGGUUACAUAAGGUGAGACAGUUUGAUGUAGACAACGUACACAGUUUUAUCAGAUUAACAAAGAGGUCAUUGUACUCCGCGCAUCGCAUAUGCUCGCUUUACUUCAGCGUCACUAAUGUGGUUUCUUUUUUUUUCUCUUGCCUCAGCAGAGCUCGAACAGGAAGACGAGCAACAGCGUUCCUCCCACCACUCAGCUGCUAAAGGGGAAGCAGCCAGGUUCCCAGACACCUGUCAAAAAGGACAAGAGGCAGAGCUCCUCUCGCUUCAGCUUGAGCAACAACAGGGAGCUGCAGAAGCUGCCCGCGUUCAAAGGUAUUUACCGGCGAAGUGACAAUCACGCCACGUCACCGAAAGUAAUGAAUCUGAAAUCUCUGAAACCUGAAUUCAAGAGUCAGAAAUCACCGGAGACGGUAAAUAUAGGGCAGAUAUCUUCUUUUCGAAAGGUAUGUGUGGUAAGAGAUCUCUGUAAUCUCGACACAGAUAAGUGCAGGCCUCGCAGACUUGCAUACCUGCAUGCGCACACUCGGUUAUUUACUCAGCCUUUCCACACUGAAAUAUCCAUGAACUAUCCCCCGCUGCAUCACUCCGAUUUUGAUACGAGGCUGAGCAUGACAUUACGCAAUACGAGGAAACAAACAGAGGACGUACAUGGCAUGGACUUUGCGCUGGAUUUGACCCAAGUGUCUAUAUUUAGUGGUAAUCCAGAGAUAAAGCUUUAAUACCAUGGUCCCUGUGUUUCAGGAUGCUGCCAGUGACCAGCAAUGUCUGGCAGCCGAACUUAUAUUCCCUCUCUUUUUUCUUCUUUCACACGGGCAAGAUAUAUUUUUUUGUCUUGCAUAUUUGCAGAUGUAAAACCCACGUUCAAUUAAACGUCUGCCAGCAUACCGCCAGAUGGAAAAGCGAAGAGUAGAUACUGCCAUUAGCCCUCUGGGCCUAUUAUCUAUGCAAGCCGCUGUGUAUACAUGCAUGAAUACACCCACCGAUGUUGUCCUCGGCUUUUUCCAGGCUUUUUAGAAAUAAUUGUUUAACCUUGAGGUGCACUGGGAACAUUCUGCAUCGUGAGCUGGUGUGAAUUAAUAUGAAAAAGAUACGCAUGUGAAGUUGAAAAGAAGACAGAGUCACUUUCUCUGUGGAGUUUGGGAGAAGAUUGCUUGUCUGCACUUGAGAGUAUAUCGAUUUUUUUUCGGAAAUGUAAAAUGUUAUGUCUUAAAAAUGGUAAAAUUCAGUGUUCUCCUUGGGAAAAAAGUAAAAAUCCUCUUCUUUAGGGGUGAAAUAUCCUGAUUUUAAAGGGGAAACAAAAUCAUACACAUGUAUCUGUAGACCAAGACAGCCUUUUUUUGGAGUUGGGAUUUUUUUUUUUAUAAGCAAAUGCAGCAAUAAUAUUCCUUUGAGGCAGCAGUGACCUGAUUCAGAUACUCAGUAUUAUCUCACUGUUUUUAAAAGGUGUAUGACUGGACUUGCACACAGCAUUAUUUGGGUAUUGAAAAAAAAAGUGUCUGUUUUUGGUAAAUGUGAAGGCUGUAUAUAGGUGUGGUCGAGCACUGUGUCUUAGUUUGCAUCCCAACCUGUCAAAUGGGGAAGAAAAAUAGUGAUCUGAGAGAGAGUGUACUUUUCCUGCAGAAGACUCAGGCCCUAAAAUAGAUUUAUUUCUACUUUUUUAGAAAAAUGUGCAUUUCAUACGUUUUUCUUCUGACUAUGUAAGCCUGUAUACACAAAGUGAUCUAAAACACACCAAGGCAAAGGCCAGAGUCCUCAACAAUACAAACUAGAAUAGACGUUUUCCUCUUAAAAAAUAGACUAAGAUUGAAGUUCCCAUCCUUGACUAAAGGAAUCAGCAGCUGUUGCUCUUUCCAUAUUGCUCUUUCUGAAGGAUUUGAAUCAACACUCACAGUUGAGACUUUCAUAAAGUAAACCUCUUUAUCUUUAAGAUUUCAGUGUUGCCUUGUGAUAAGAAACCUUAAGAAUAACUGAUUUCCUACAAAGGCUGCUAUAUUCUCACACCUCGAUGAAAGCUUUGAUUACAUUCUGCAAAGCAUUGCCCCACAGUGGGCCAGGAGUUGUUAUCACUCGGUCCUGUCCAAACACGUUCCUCGCUUGGCCUGUUUUAACUCCAGGCAUGUUCACCACCUCCCGAUGGAAACACAUGUCCGAGAGCUUGUCCUGCAGAGCCACAAGGUUGAAGCGAGACCGAAAACCCCCAAGCAGAAGCAGGCCUUUCCCACGACAGGCCUCAGAACGGAGAGUGCUUUUUGUGCCUCCCAAGUCCGUUUUAACUGUCUAAGCUUUCGCAGCUCGCAGGAAAGUAAGUUUAAAUGAUUCCUGCUGAAAAAGUAAUAUGCUGAGCCUGUUUUUAAAAGACUGUGCCAAAGUAAAACAUUUGUGUUUUGGAUAAACGUUUGUUCGAGAUUUCUCCGACUGAAGCUCAUAUACAGAGGAUUGAUGUCUACGGGGGCCGGUUUAGUUUAUUGUGGUCUUGUUUCAAGUGUAACAGUUCUUGCCAAAAAAGCAAAGAACAACAGUUGUUGCCUCUGUAUGUGUCCUCCUUCAGAGCAGGAGCUGUCCUGCAUGAGGCAUCCAUUCUGUAGAGUUUGUCGCCAUCUGGUGGUUUGAAUACCCCAAUUUUAGCUUCUUACCACAGUACCAAAUACUUCAAAUGUCAGGACAGUAUUUUAAAAUGACAUGUAACUGAUAUCCUUGCCACCAGAUAAAUAUCGUGUGUUUUUAGUGUUUUUCAAGAAGGUGUAGAGUUAAAACUCCUAUAACAAGGCUUUUACUAAUUACCAAAUAAACCAAAAGGUCCUCAGAGGAGCUUUAAUAUAUCAUCGAACAGCAGAUGAGUCUGAUUCUUCGGUUUACAUAAGGCAUUAACACAGUUUGAGUUGUGUCCAUAGUAAUCAAUCAAUCAAUCAGUCUUUAUUUAUAUAGCACUUUUCAUACACAACAUGUAGCCCAAACUGCUUUACACAGAAGGAGGAAUAAAAGAAACAAAGAAUACCCAAAUCUACCCCAGCCCAACCCCUCGUUCCCACCCCACAAUCUAAUUACAACAGAAACAGUAUUAAAAUGCAUUAACUUAAAAAGGGUUUGAUUUCGUGGAAACAAGAAUGUACGUCAUUUUAAAACUCAAGAUAAGGAAACACUGGAGGUUUAGGUUAAAAUCUAAAAACGAAAAAACAUAGAAUGAAAUUUAAAGUAAUAAUAAAUAAAAUGAAAUAAAAACAGUAAAAGAUACUGAAAUAAGAGCACCAAAAUAGCUCAAUAAAAGACGAUCCUGUGAUUAAAACUAAAGGAGAUAGAUGCUAAAACACAAAAACAGAGUUAAUGAUAUAAAAUUUAGUUAAAAGCAAGACUAAAAAGGUACGUUUUCAGUUUGCUUUUAAAAGCAUUAAGAUUAGGUGCAGUCCUCAGGUCUUCAGGUAAGCUGUUCCAUAGACAGGGGCCUUAGUGAUAAAAAGAUGCCUCAGGUUAACUCUGUAAUUUUCUUCAGAUGAGCUUAAUUUUCUGUUCAGUUGUUUUAAUUCUUGUUUUAGUAAGAAUUUCCACCAAUGCUGAAGUACAAAAAAGGAGAAAUUCACAUAAAUUAGCUUCAUAUCUGAGUUUUCCCUGGAUGCGGACUUAAAAUCUGUUUUAUCUUAUAGCAUGUUUUAUUACAGGGUUACCUCAUGGACCAGCUUCACUUUUGGAUAUUUGUCAGUUACAAAUAGCCCACCUCUUGUGCCUCUUUUACAUAAUUUUCUUCGCUUAUACAAACUGACAUCAAAUGAACAGAAAUGUAUGAUCCAUGUGAGCCACACAGAGCCUAUAAUCAGACCCACAUCUCGAGCAAAGGUCUGUUUUUAUUAGCACACGGUGUUACAGAGAAAUAGCAGACUGACACAGUGAGUUAUUGGUUUUCAGGGACCAAUCAGAACCAAGAGUUUAACACGGCUGUGCAUUAACAGAAUUAAACAUGCCACAACAUGUAUAAUAAAAGGGAAAACAUAUUAGAAACAGACUUUUAAAGUCUCUGGAUGAACUAUUAUUGAUUGACACACAGUAUACUGCACACAGUGUGACCAAAGCAGUUGCGGAUGCUUUUUAAAUCUAACCCUGUAUCACCAGAACACGAUAAGGAUUACUUUUUUAAUAUUGCUCUUUGAUUGAAGGCUCUCCGUGUAAUACGAGAGGUUCAGAGGUCUUUGGUGCUGAAGAAGAUGAGUCUGUGGCUUGUAACAGGAUGAUAGGUGACAGGAUUAUAGCAUAUCUACCGCAGCCCUUCUAAGCUUUGACCUGUUUCUCAGAAAUCUAGAUGAAGCAACAAAGAAUACAAUUACUUUCUGUAGAGGGAAUACUUAAGAAAACCUUGUAUUUAUUGAUAUUUCUGUCACUUAGACUCACUCAGAAUGUUUGCACAGACAGUGAGCUUACGUUUGUGUUUACCGAGCUUGUAAGACUUGGUUUAUGUAAUAUACAAUCAGAGUUAAACCUGUUCAGGUCUAACAUUACAGCAUUUUGCUUCUCCUCUUUUUUCUUUUUGUUUUUAGAGAAUUUUCUGGCAUGUCCCUGAACAGACAGGUUGAAAAUGUAGUCUGGCAGGAUACAAAUGUAAAGUGACACUGACACUCGUGCAAGCGGGUUGGCAGGUACUUGGAGCAGGAUGCUAAAGGGCAAGGCAGGUUUCAGGGAAGGGUUUCCUCUGCCACCCCUGCAAGUGUAAGAGGAAGGGACUCCCACACCUCAUGAGAGAGAUUUCCCUCGUCAAACAUCUUUUCAUAAAGAACUAAAACAAAGAGCGAACUCUCGCUGCGAUCGGGCUGCUGAAGCUGUAGAAAUCUCGCAACUGUUGACUCAACUCUCAGAUGAGUUACUUAAGAGGUGAACCUUUCUUUGUGCCCACGCCGGAACAUUCUUCACACUUUAUCAUACUGUCUGAUUAGUCAAAUUUUACAUAACGAUUUACAGUGUUUGUUCAGGUGGGAAAUGCUGAGACCAGCCCACGGGCACUUGGCUGUAGGUGUUGUUGCUAAAGCAUGGGCGACAUUUAUUCUUGGCUUUAUCCCAAAUAAUACUCCCAAAAUAAUUGCAGGGAGAGUCUGAGCAGCAUGGCUCUUGAGGUUAGUGUUAAAGGAAAAUGAGACUGCUUCCCCAAAAAGGUCAUAAAAACCAUGAGAAAAGAAGAUUCUGUUAAUGCAGCAAAAUGACCUUACAAGAUUUAUGAUUUGCUGAGAGUUUCCUGAUGAUUUGACAAUAAAGUUGAGUUGAUUUUGACACACCGGGCCCGACGCAAAUAUAGAACGCGAAAUUCCGAAAAAUUUGGAAGCGAAUUUUGAUGCGCCUGACUAUAAACAUCUAGACGCACCUCAGGGAAGACCUUCCCGGGGAAAGUCCCACCUCCUUAGCCUCUGAUUGGCUAGAAAAGCUGUAAACGUCAUCACACGCUCAAGCCAAACGGUCAGCACUUAUAGCCAAUCAGAGGCGAUAAGAAAAGCACAUGAAACUAUGGUAACAACCGUUAGCACAGAUGAAAGUUAAAACAAAGACGUUUAGUAAACUGAUAAAGCACACAAACCAUCGUCAUAUGAGAGAUCCGACGCUAUGUUAUCAUGAAGCACUCUGUUCUCAGACACUUAAACAAUCAGGCAGUCGGCCAUGUUGGUCAAUCGGUGAAUCAGACGUCGCAUCAACACGCUAUCUGAUUGGUCAGAAGUGGACACACAGUAUGCCAAACUUUUUAAAAAAUCGACCGUGAUAUGAAAAAAUAAAUGCAGCAAUAUCGCAGGACGAGAAAACCGUCGCUGAUGUGAACGCUUGUAUUGACAGGAUACGGGUUCGAAAAAAUGUUGACGUCCGAAAUAAUGGCACGAUAAAAUGGUCCCGGUGUGAAAGGACCUUUACUCUUAAAAUCUUGAUUUAUUUUCUGCUUUGAAAGACGACACAGGACGUCGAGGGCAUCUGAGGACUGAGCUGUACUUGCUAGUUUCGAAGGAUUAUUUUUGUUUGGGUUCAAUCAGUGUCACUGCUUCUUAAGUUGAACUCAGAGCAAAAUGAUCCGCAGAGGUUUACUCCCCCUCAAAAUAAAGAAUCGUUGGCUUUUAAGACGGUAAAACACAAAUCAAGCAGUUUUGAUUCUGAAAUCCAGCCUGUCGCAUUAACUUUAUGGGGGCUGUGGAUGAUCCACCGCCAACUCGAGCUCUCUAGCUGACCUAAAUACUUGAGUCUGUUGAAUAAUACAGUUAAAGCUAUGGUGACUGACUACUGAGAAAUUAGUCAGCUGAAAAGGUUUCAGUUUCCAGCAAGCAGCCAGUCCUUAGUACAAACUCUGAUUAGUUUUCAGCCUUGCAGGUAACACAUGAGAAUCAUGCUUGUUUUCUUAGGAGUAAAACUGAUUCUGUCUGGACAGCCUGACUAGUCUGAGCCAGGUACCGUCAGCUCCUGCAUAUCUUUUAAAAUAAACUGCUGUAGUUUGAAUUAAUCACUUUUUUUUCUACUGUUAAAGAAGUUGGAUAAAUGAGAAUGGAUCAAGAGCUGUGUUCUUAUCACCGGAGGCUGCUUAAGGGGAAAAUGAAGUUCAGCUCCAGCUGCAAUUGGCCUGUUUCACCAAACCCAUUUUAGUAGUAAGUGCUAUUAAAGAGGGCGACGACGUUGAAGAGCAGCAGACCUGUAAAUGAACCACUCAGCUGUGUAUUUUAGGCUGGCCUGCUGCUAUCAAUGAUAGAUUUAAAGAAGGCUCUGAUAUAAGACAGGCCGACACACUUUCCAUCUCUUCCAUGACGAGGCCCAUGAUGCCUUACAAGUUCUCACUCUCUCACUCUCUCUCUGUCUCUCUCUCUCUGCGCGGCCAUAAAUAGCUCAGACACAGCAGAAAGCUCAUGGCUGAUGAACGCAUGUGCCAAAGGAGCGUUUAUAACAAGUGGGUGCGUUCAGCGUUGUCCCGGUCAGAACAACAGAUCUACUGAUGGGAGAUUGCCCCAUGACUGGUGAACACAGUGAUAAGAAAGAGUCCUUUUUACACACAGGCAAGACCCUGCUGAUGAAAUGCUCUGCUGUUGUGUCAUGAUCAGCCAAACUUCAUCCCUAUACUUCUGCUUACUUGCGAAAUUGUGAUUUCUAACAGUAGCAUUUAACUUGGCAUGGAAUUUGGAAACUAGGGGUGUCCUGAUACAACUUUUUUAUUUCCGAUACGAUACCGAUAUUGUAGCCUUCAGUACUGGCCGAUACUGAUAUUGAUCCGAUAUUGGCACAAACUUGUGCAUAACAAGUUUUUCACUGCCGACAUCACUCCUACUCCUUGCUAUUUUGUUCGUACCUUAGUGCAGGCUGUUUUGUGAUUACAUGAGUAACCCUUUCGUUUACGGUACACUUAUUACCUGGUAAUUAACAGGUAAUUACCUAGUAACAACAUGAAAUUAUCUGGUAAUUACAUGAUAGCUACUAAGUCAAUACUGUCUAGUUUUUCUUUUUUGCGUGCGGCUCCAUUUUCAAAAGCUAUUUGGGGUUCUUAUUUUCUAUGAUUGAUACUUGAUACAGCCUAUGGGCGUGCGAAGAUUGCGUAGCGAUACGCUGUUUGAGCCGAGCGUCAUCACAGCGACUCACCCACCGAAUGCGUACGAAGCUACCGCGCAAGUGGUGGUUCCAGGAAGCGGAGAAAAUCCUGGAAAUACCAGAGCAAUUCUGCUUCAAAUUUGUAUGAUGAUGGAAGGUUACCUACCUGGUAGCUAGACAGGAUUGAUUUAGUAGUUAUCAUGUAAUUACCAGAUAAUUAAAUGUUGUUACUAGGUAAUUACCUGUUAAUUACCUGGUAAUAAGUGUACCGUAAAAGAAAGGGUUACCAUUACAUGGGUUCUGCAGGGUGCUGCUAGCUAGAGGUCCCGAAGUGGAGUCAGGAAUGGACUGCUUGUAUCGGAGUACUGAUAUCAGAGAUUUUAGAUGCAGGCCUGUAUAAUCUGAUAUUUGUUUUUUGGCUUAUAUGGGGCCGAUAUCCGAUAUCAAUAUCGCAUUGGGACAGCCCUAGUAGAAACUAAUGUUCCCCCUCCAUGUUACCAUGUUGAAAAACUAGUAUUUAACAUCUUUUGGUGAACUUGAAGGUAGCUGGGUUAUAGCACAGCAAUCAAAAGUGAGUGCAGAUUCAGUGGAUUGAACACCCUUUGCAUUGCAUUUGCAUAGUUUUUGCAUUUGGGGGAUGCAAAAGGUGUUUGGUGUAUUCAUUGUUCCUGUGCGCCCACCCUGUAGAAACCAAGGAAUUGUGAAGUUGUUAUUUUACAUGCUUCAUGUUUCUUUUGUUCAUUGGACUGACUUUGGUGCGUUCAACUGUCUUUGUCAGUGUAGAUUCGCCCUUUUCCUGCUCAGCUCACAGCGCAGGGUUUCGUCGCCGGUGCUGCUGAAAGCACCAGACAGACAUUGCCGCUCACUACAUUUGCACAUCCUGUGUUGCUCACAUUGAGACUUCCUGCCUUCCUGUUUCUCUGUCACAUACACCUGGGCUCAGGCUGUGGUCCUGGAGAGCCAUCUGUCAUACGAGAGCUCACGCACACACAGACACACAGAGACGGCACACACAUACAAGGGCUUUAAAAUAACAGUCAGACAGCGCCUGUCCUAUGCAAAGCUUGUGUUGCUGUUAAAUCCUGCAGCUUUAAUUCAUGUCUGAGCUUGAGCUGUUGUGUGAGCGCUUCAGGCGUGUUUCUUUGAGCACUUGUUGCAUUAGACUACCUUGAUUUGUUUUGUUAGUUUCUGUACUUGUGUUUAAAGUUAAAUAAGCUGACGAAUGAUAACGUUGUGUGUUACAUAAUCUCUUAAUGAAAUGUGUUCAACGAUAAAUUGGACAGCCAUCUGCUCUUUCUAGUUUUCUGGUUGCUUUAUUUAAAAACAUAACCAGUCAAACUGAAGGCAGAUCUGCAGGUUGUGCUUUAAAACUCUUGACAGAUGUGGCUGCUCGCGCUCCAAUCACAGCAACAGUCCCUCCCCCUCCCCCUCAGCCCACCAGCCAAUCCCUUCCCUCAUGUUUAUUUAUUCCGACAGCCCGGCCCAUGUGAUUGCAGCCAGCCAACUGCGUGGCCGCACCGAGCUAUGACAUCACUAACUAGCUGGUUCCCUCCAGCAGCAGGAGAGCUUCAUUUUCUGCUCCGAGUGUUCCUGCUAAAAUGGAGGCUGGCUCCUCGCCUUAGCCCGGGCUGCCCUCUCCUCCCCUGUCUCCUGCCUCCGCUCUCUGAUGUUGGCAUGUGCUAGAGCUGACAGCGGGAUGGUUCUGGAUGCACCGAGCUCUAAUGGGCCUUUCCAGCCUGUGGCCCUCAUGCAUUUUAGAGGUGAGAACAGGAAAUCUGCCUCCUCUGCUGUGCUGUGUUUGUGUUUCAAGGGGAGAUGGGUAGGAAUGUUGUUGUCACUUAGCAACUGAAGCUGCUACUUAGGAUUUUUGCAGAGGAAUAUAAUUGUGUGAGGUGACUUCCCUUAAAGUUGCUGCCUGAGAGUGAGAGCUUCCCUCCUCGUUGUGCUGGUUUCAGGGGUAUUUCUGGAAGAGGAAGCGGGGGGUUUGUGUUUGUAUAUCAACAAGGAAGGAUUUUGCCAAGACAUUGUAUAGCUUAGUUUUAAUCAGAGAGGGAGGGCGACAGAGUGAGGAGUGCUACUUUUGAGCCUCCCAUCCCCCCAUCGAGCCUGCUGAUGUCAUAGGAAGUGAGGUCAAAGCUUGUUGUUGUCAGUGUGUGCAUCUGUAUUGUAUUGUGUAUGGAUGUGGUGUCAGCCGACAGUCGUGCAAGUGUCAAAGCUCUGCACGUCGCUGCUGGUUAGUCACCCUCUCACCGCAAAAGCUCGCUGCUGCAACCUGCAGCAAAAGUUGAGAGUGGAGAGCAGAAACUCACUCUGGAUGAACGCUAAGAGUGCAGAUGAAGUGUCCGUGCAUUAAAAAACAACAGCUAAUCUUUGUGCAUACAUGACUUCCUCCUUCAGGAUGCAAUGUUGCUGCACAUGCAUGAUACUCACACACAUGCUACCACUGGUAUAAUGUACAUUUCAUGUUGAGACGUGAGAAGCCAUCAAAAUACGUGACUUCUUUGUUGCAUAGUAGUGAGAAUUGUGGUCAUAUAAUAGCAAACAGCCACAUUUACUUAGAUGCAACGUUUCUGUCACUGGUGCCGGUUUGUUAGUCACCUAUCAAUUAUAAAUAAGCAGUUGAUAUAUCAUAGGACUGUUUCCUAUCUGCACACUGGAGCCUUCAGAUGAGUAAAGGUUAUUCGCCCAUCCACGCAGAGGGGCCUGUGUGUGAAGUCUGCAGUGCCACAGCAUGUCUCUUAAUAUUUUAGGCCCCAUCAGAAACCCUAGUGCUGUUGUGUAACAGGAGCUGGGAGCCCUUAUGGCGCUCAGGUGCUGAUGAUAACGUUCUCAUGAUGAGUACACCCUUGUCUAGGCUUGUCGCAGCACCUGCAACAAGCCGAGUGAUAGACGCGAAAAUGACUUUUACAAGGUCUACGGGAAUCUCUGUUAGCAAAAAUAAAUCAACUGAUGAUUACAGGACCUUACAUUUUACUUCGUUUUUUUCCCAUUAAUAUAAAAGAAUUUAAAUAUUACACUUCCACUGUAUCAGGGAUGAACCAAUCUGAUAUUUGAUAUCGGUAUUGGUCCCGAAACUGAAGAAAAUUCUAGAUCGUGUAUUGUGACAUCCGGCCCGAUGCAUAGUGGCCAAUCUAUUCUCAACUUAACUCAACUCAACUUUAUUUGUUAAGCACUUUUAAACAACCACAGCCGACCAAUGUUUUUAAAAACUAAUUAAAAAAACAUACAAACUAAUAACUAAAAACAAACCAUAAAACACUAAAACUGCAGCCGAGUCUCACACAGGGUUAAAAGCCAAUAAAUAAAAAUCGGUCUAAUUCAGUCUAUUCAGUCUAAUUCUUUGCUAUGCGCCACGAGUAAACACGCUGAGCAGAUGCCCACAUUGUUUUCAAAAUGGAGGGAGCAAAGGGGUCUGCUAUCUUGAACUUUAUCACAAUACCUCAGCCUAAAAGCUCGACGGCCACUUGCAAUACAGGAGCAGUAAUCGAUCCGAGGGGCAGUGGUAAAACUUCGGUAUCGGCUAAUACUAAACUGUAGAUAUCGGUAUCGGAGGUGAAAAAGGUGGAUCGAUGCAUUGUAUUUUACUGUAUUGUAUUUUACUGACAUAUUUCAAACUCCUUUUGAGUGUGUUGUGUCCAGGUUUGUUCUUGAGGAAACUGCUUUCUGACUAUCUGACUAAGCCCAGCCAAAACAUGCCUCAUUUGGUGUCCCCAGGGAUGUCAGGAGUGCAGCAAACCACCAGCUGUAUUUCCCCUGGUGUGUUCUUUUACACCCUGCAUGCUGCUAAUAAACUGUAUCAGUGGAAUUAAGCAUUUUGCCCUUUAUUCCAAAACUACAUACAGACUUGUCACUGUUCAACUCUGUGCUUGAAUAUAGACACAAAAUGUUUUGUAAUCAGUUGGCUCCACUCCCUGCUCUGAGGUACUGUACUGCACAAGCAAGGCCUAAAGGCGCACACUCAAAGGACAAACUGUACAGCCUCUCACACACCACCUCAGGAAAAAAAACAGAGUUAGCAAGAUACUUUUUGAAAACAUUCUAGGAACUGGGGGGAAAAUUUAAUCAAAGUAGAGCCUUUUGGAUCAAUAGAUAGGGUCAUGCUAAGAAACAGAAACAUUUUUAGACAGCACGCAGGUAACCGCAUUUCAUGUUAGGUAUUUAAAUGCCCGCAGUGCCACUGUGACUCAGAAACGUGGAGGUGUAGGAAAAGUCCUUGUUGGUUCUGUCAGUCCUGUAGCUUGCGUGGGAGUGCGCACGACCUCCUUUCAGUUGCAUCUCUUAGAAUUGACUUAUCUCACCAGUGCCAAGAAAUAACGUUAUUCAACUUGUAUUGACUCAGAUGUAAGUAAUGUUCCCCUCAUGGUCGGUGUGGCUGACGCGUCUCUUGGCCGCAGCUGAUUGGAUUAGCAAAUUAGCGAGCAUAUGAUCCCAGGGCAACAACAACUUUAGCCUGCAUGCAUAUUUGAUUGGCGGUGAUCACCCCCUGGUCCAAAGUCCUGUCAGUGCAUGUGGUCACUAUGGAGAUGUGCAGCACACACGUAGAUCGUUAAUGGGGAGACAAACGUUGAGUCAUGAACAACAGGCUGGGAUGAACAAAUUGAUGCUUCUUGAUAACAAGAAGCAUUGAUAACUGUUGGGCAAGUAAAAGAGUUUUUAUAGCUGAAUGAUCCAACAAGCUCACUAGGGGCAUUAUGAAGCAUAUAAACUGAUAUUCCGAAAAGUCUACAAGCCUGUAACUCCUGAUCUAGAGCUGCACUGCCUGAAAACACAUAACAGCCUCUCUUUCUUGUCCCUGCAAUGGCUUCAUGGUGCUCUCAGAAUAGCUCCUUUCCUUGUUUAUAAAGCAAUACUUGGCCUUAAGCACCUUAUGUGUCUGACACAUUUUCUGUGUGCAAGUUGGGAAAGCCCUUCAGGUCCGUCGGGAGCAGACUUGUAACGGUUCCAAUGUGCAGAACAAAACUCCUCGCUGAUUCUGAAUUUAGAUCCUGAGCUCUUAGCUUCUGGCACAGCCGUGGAAUAUUCAGAGGGUUGCUUGAAGUCUUGUUAUGCUUCAAGAUGAGCCCACUUACAUUUUGUUUUGAUGCUAUUAGUAUCGCUCUCAUUUUAUUUCACAUUAUGUUUAUUCAAUUGCUUGAUUAAUCGCAUAUUAUGCUGAGUGUUGUGUAUAAUCAGUGCUAAUCAUUGAUUAAUUUCAAGCAGCUGCUGUUUGGGUAAUAAUGCUUUUACACGGGCUCAAAAUGAACGCUGGCUCAUUGACAGCGAGUGUGCGGUAUCUCCAAAACGAGUAAUGAUUUUUUUUUGCAAGUCAGCGGUUGCACGCAGACAGGUGUGGCUCAGUAAUCCUGCAGGCAGAUUAAGAGCCUCUGCAUCAUGAAUGCAGCUCUGACACUGUCAGUGAGAGGUUGAAUUAUUGAUUUAUGGAGUCUUUAAAUGCCACUACAUGAACUCCACUGUAGCAACUUACAGCGGUGCGCAACCGGAAUAAUUUUAAAGCUUUGGUACAAAUCUUCUGUGAAUCUAAGAGAAAAGGAGCGGGUAAGAAGAAGUAAUGAGAAUGAUUUUUGGCAACGAUUACCAUGGCAACAAACAAAUCUCCACCACACAAGUAGAUGCUGCCAUGAAUAAAGAAAUUGGAGUUUUCUCUUACUAAUUUUUUAGUAAGCAUAACACAUUUCCUCACAUUUUCUCUCAAGCUUUUCAUUAAGGCUCAGUGUUUAUUGUUCUCAUGUGUCAUCAGUCUAGUAUACCAUGAUAUUUUCUCACAUGUUGGUAGUUUUGAAAACUAUUACCCUUUUUCCACCAAGCCGGUUCCAGUGCUUUUUAGGAGCCUGUACUAGAUUUGGAACUAGUUCCUUGGUUUUCCACUGCUAAAGAACUGGCUCUGAGCCAGAAAACCUGGUUCCAGAGUAGCACCAUCUCCGUGCUGUGCUACUUGGAAGAGCCGCUCGCGUGAAGGGCUGUAGGUGGGGUUAUUUGGACAUAAAUUAAAACUCUCAAAAACUUUGCUGUGAUUUAAAAAGAAAAGAAAAGUACAUUUUCUUCAUUUCUGGGUGAGUUUCACAAGUCUUGGUUCUUACAUGUGAUCUAACUCAACAGAGUCAACCCCGUUGGGAUAACUUGAUAGCUUGUGUGCUUAUUAGAUACUAGGAAAUAUUAAAAUAUGUAAAUCUGUUCGUUGUUUCCUCUUGAUUCCAACCAUUCUCUCAUUUCUAUCUCGCAGAUGUUCCCCCAGCUGAGCAGGAGAAACUCUUCAUCCAGAAGUUGCGGCAGUGCUGCGUCCUUUUCGAUUUCGUUUCGGACCCUCUGAGCGAUCUGAAAUGGAAGGAGGUGAAGCGGGCCGCGCUGAGCGAGAUGGUGGAGUACAUUACCCACAACAGGAAUGUCAUCACAGAGCCAAUCUACCCGGAGGUGGUUCACGUGGUCAGUAUUAAUGCCAAUUACAAGACAAAGUUGGCUUUGAGUGACUUGCACCACAGAACAGUCAAUGGACAUAAGAAUUAGGACGUUAGUAAAAUAAACUAAUUAUGAAAGGAUUUAAGAGGAGAGUUAAAUAAACUCCUGUACAACUAUAUACUUUAUACUUAAAGCCAGUGUGCAGUAUGUGUUUACCUUUUACAUUAUGACCUCUUUCUUACAAGCGCUGUUUCCAAAGUUGUGAAAUUUUUACUCAGAUCAGAUGCAAGUUUCACGGGUAAAUCUUAGAGCAUUGUGAGUAAAUUUAAAUCAAUUUAUUUUGUCGUAGGACUGGGUGAUUUUGCCAAAAAGAUGAUCACGAUAUACUAUAUUUUUGCCAAGUUUGAUCGAGUAAAUAAGCUCACAGCUGAUCACCGUGAUCGGACUGAAAUUUAUCACGAUCAUUAAUACUGAUCAUAUUAUCGCCCAGCCGUAUUUUGUCGUUAAAUGUUCAGUUACAGAUUUAAAUAGAGCUUGAUUCGCCCAAGUGCUUGCAUGUCAGGCUUUGACCUGGAAGUUGAACGGUAUCAGCAGAACGGGUUGCAAACACAACCUCGACAGAGGGAGGGGACAUAGAAAAGGCGAAGCUGCCGUAUAAAAAGGAACCAUUUAUCUGUCUUCUAAACAUUGCACUGAAAAACAAAUGCAGGCUGAUGAUUGGAACAUAGAAAGUACUAAUUCAGUCAUGUUUUCAUGUCGCCUUCUUUGACUCCCGCACAAUAACAUGUUAAUGAAUAAUGCAGCGUCUUUUCUAGUUAGACAUUAUAGUGGAAUCAUGUUUAAUAGAAAUGAACAAGUCAUAGAGAUGAUUCUGUGUAUGGAGCCUUGGCAUUUUUCCCAGUCUUAGAUACAUCAAGGUUUUUCUCUGGGUUCGUUGCAUAAUCACGUCUCACAUUGCCAUAAAAGAAAUCUAUUUGAAGUUGCUGAACAUUAAUCACAUCAGCAUGUCCGUUACUUUCAAACCACGGCCUGCCUUACUUCAUAUCCUUAUAAAGUAAGCCAUGAUCAUGCAUGAUGGAUACAGAAGGCCGUGCAUUAUCUGGAACUUUCUUGCUGUUAGUGUCUCCUGUUUUAUAAGCGUAUACAUUGAAAGCCCCAUGUGAUAUGCCUCGCCUCGGAGACUGUACACAACUUCAUAAUGCAUGUAACCUCAGAGAGCCACCUGACUGAUAAACAGUCUCUAUGUUCUGCCGAGUUCUGUGUCAGGCUGUUUUAUCUCCAAAGCAGACAGCAUAUGUCAUUUUCAUGUGGGCUUUAUUAUCUUUUUUACCAUAGGAAGUGGCUGUACUUUGUGCUCUAAUACUUUUAGUCCUCUGUCUAGUCUGUCAAUGCUGGUUCCUUCUGAGUCACAUCAGACUCACAUGAGUUGCGUAACAAACACCGCUGACCUCAGCCUGACCCCAAAGAUAUGUGUCACCGACGGCUAAUUCAACUUAUCUGAAAACAACAGCAAGGUACUGCUAAUUAAGCGAUCAGUAUUCUGAGGUCCCUGACUUUGCGGUGCUCCUGCAGAGCCCAAGUGUACAUUAGUCAUCGCUGUUUUUCCUCUGGAUUGACUGUAUGAGUUCACAUCGCCAGGUUUGCUUUCCAAAGCCAAAUUAAAAACCUUUUGAUGUGAAUCAAAGGCCCGUCUCAAUGCCGCAUGGUAAACCGCAGAUGAUCAAGGUGUAAAUUUACCCCGACCUCCUCCUCGUACCCUUAUUUGAUCAAUGUAGCAGAAAAUGCAACAGCGCCAUCAAAUCAGCAUGAAAAUAUACUCUUGUUCCUUGCAGCCUUUUUCCCCCUGCCCCCUUACACACAAAGGCGCUUUGAAGUCCACUGAUGCUUUCAUCAUCAAAGUGUGGAGAUUGACACGACAAACUCCUUUCGAGCAUAAAGAGUCUGUUCUUAUGUUAAGGCUGGACUAAACACUUUCUCAUAUGAGCACUUGUUCUUUCAGGGCAUGGUUGGUGCAUCUGUGUGCAAGCUUUGUGAUAGCAUUUGGGAUGACUCAAUGGUGGUUUUGCCAGUAGUCUUAUUUCCUCAGAGGCAAUGGUUUCAGACGAGAACAAGAUGGUGGGAGAGUGAGUUUUAGUGUUAGGCCCAGCUUGACUGCGCUCUGAAGAGCAUUUCUAAUCAAAGAGGGAAGAAAGGGUGGCUGACUCCGAGUUUAGGGGACGGCACUGCUGUUUCACUCCAGCACAAGAUGGAAAAUUCAACUCUUAAAAAGUUUCAGAGGUCUGCUCAGCUUUUAAUGUGUAUAUAAGUUAGGGCUGGGCGAUAUGGCCUCAAAUCAAUAUCAUGAUAUAUUGAGAAGUUCACCUCAAUAACAAGGGGAAUUAGACCAUAGCCUAUCUUCACACAUCCAAAACCAACUUUGAUUUAUUUAUUUUUUUGACACUGAGUCUACCAAUAUGGGCAAAAUGACGUCAGUUAUUGUCAUAAAUUUUGGUAAAUUUUCGGUUUAUCAUCCAACCCUAAUAUUACUGUUACAGAAUAGUCAGCCAAUCAAAACUACCCAUGCUGGAUUCUGCUGUAUUUUUUAUAAUAGCAAUUUCUUUUCCCACGUUGCUCUGAUGUCUGAUAGAACUGACACAAACAUACACACAUAUGCUCAAAUUCACACACAGGAACACCUCCUACUGGCUGUUUCCUUCACUGGAUGUCUGCUCUUCCGCUGAAACCUGAGACUUUCAAGACCAUUUUUACACGUCUUAAACAAGAUGGAAAAUUCAACUCUCAAAAAGUUUCAGAGGUCUGUUCAGCUUUUAAUGAGUAUAUAACUUAGGGCCUCAAAUCAAUAUCACGUUAUAUUGAGCAGUUCUUCUCAAUAACAAGGGACAUGAGAUCACAGCCUACCUAUACACAUCCAAAACCAACUUUGAUUUAUUUAUUUUUUUGACACCGAAUAUACCGAUAUAGGCAAAAUGAUGUCAGUUAUUGUCAUAAAUUUCAGCUUCGGUAAAUUUUCGGUUUAUCGCCCAGCCCUAAUUUAACUGUUACAGAAUAGUCAGCCAAUCAAAACUACCCAAGCUGGAUUCUGCUGCAUUUUGUUUCCCUUGCUGCUCUGAUGUCUGAUAGGACUGACGCAAACAUAGACACAUAUGCUCAAAUGCACACACAGGAACACCUCCUACUGGCUGUUUCCUUCACUGGAUGUCUGCUCUUCCGCUGAAACCGAGACAUUUGAAACCAUUUUUAAGCACCAGUUUUCCUCUUUCAAAGUUCCCAGCAGACUUGUGGUGACUAUUUUAACAGUAGUAAAACAAAUCAAGGGUUGUGAAUAACCUUGUCUGCAUUUCAAACACUCCGGCUGAUGGGUUUCUGCACCCUCUCAUCAGGUUUAUUGCUUUUGCUGUCAGAUAUGUGGUCAUAGCAAACAUUUAACAGCUAGCUGCAGACAAAUUAAACAGACAAAGUUAAUGUUUGCUAGGGUUCGGACAAAGCAGCUGUUAUUUUUUCACCCUGUUGACAUGGACAGCUAAACGCAGUAUAAAGGGUGAUUGUAUGUCAGCACACCGUGUUUACUGUAACUCGCAGUUAUCUUGUUUAGUGAACAUCCUGUGUGACUUUUAAAAUGAUCCAAUAUCCUCUGCGCCCGUUCUGGGCUGUCAGCCUCUGUAGAGUCUGUGGCUCCUUGCAGAUGGCUGAUAGAAUCUCUCCGGUAACACCUUUUAGAAAGAAACAUGUCAGGUUUUAAAUUCAUGUCGCAGUGAGCUAAUUAAUAACUGAGGUGUUUGGAUUUGUUGAAUUUUGAUGAUAGCAAAUGGACUGCAAUUAAAAGCCCCUAUCGCACAAACGGCCACAGAUCCACAGAUGCUUACUGUUUUGAGAAGAGGACAUUUUUGCAGCACAAACAUAACAAUGGGAAACAAUUGAGCCGAGCUAUAGUGAGUAUAAAGCAGAAACAUUGUGUCCAUUUGUUACCAGCUCAGUCUGACUUUGCACAUGAUGUACUUGUGAAGCACCGGCAUAUACAUAAACCAGUCAUUUCGAGUACAGUGCAUGUGUGAAAGGGACUACAUAGUUCCUAAUCCUGCCACUCAUCUGAUCAUUAAUCAAGCAAAAGUUUGAUAUUAGAUGAUUGACAACGAGCUGAAUCACCAUUGCAGCCGUACAGUUGAUAUACAGUUUGAGUGUACAGUUGAGUUAACUCACCUCUCUCUCUCUGUCUCUGUUUUUCAUCCUCAGUUUGCUGUGAAUAUGUUCAGGACGUUGCCGCCAUCAUCGAACCCCACAGGUGCAGAGUUUGACCCAGAGGAGGACGAGCCCACGCUAGAGGCUGCAUGGCCACAUCUACAGGUACACAGCCCACACACACGCUAACACUGUAUACCGAUGUGAAUAAAUCCAUACGUAUGCUUGAAAGUUUUGAGCUCUGUUCUUUAUUUUCUCCCACAGCUCGUCUAUGAAUUCUUCCUACGGUUCUUAGAGUCACCAGACUUUCAACCAAACAUAGCCAAAAAGUAUAUUGACCAGAAGUUUGUAAUGCAGGUAAGCUCAUGCUGACAGUGUGUCUUCAAUAGAUGUUUGUAUCCUACAAUUUCUUCAACUUGCUCUUAUCGAUCUUCAUUUUUUUCGCAGCUCUUAGAACUGUUUGACAGCGAAGACCCUCGAGAACGAGACUUUUUAAAGACCACUCUUCAUCGCAUCUAUGGGAAGUUCCUGGGCCUGCGAGCGUACAUUAGGAAACAGAUUAAUAACAUAUUUUAUAGGUGAGUGAGAGCGAUACUGACACUUGUGUUUGCCACUUAUGAUGGGGUGUGAUUUGUGAAAUGAGUCAUAUUAAUGUGUCUGUAAUUUGAUGUUUCAGGUUCAUUUAUGAGACUGAACAUCAUAAUGGAAUAGCAGAGUUACUGGAAAUACUAGGAAGGUAAGGUUUAUCUGUUUGUGGUUCACUAGGGGUGUCCCGAUACAACUUUUUUACCUCCAAUACGAUGUCGAUAUUGUAGCCUUCAAUAUUGGCCGAUAUUAUCCGAUAUUAGCACAAACCUGUGCAUGACAAGUUUUGCACUUAGCUGCAAUGUCGUUUUCAGACUUUAAUGAAAAAUACUGCCGCAGGGCCGACAUCACUCCUACUCCUCGGUACUUUGUUAGUACCUUAGUACACAAUGUUGGUGUGAUUACAUGGGCUCUACAUGCUGCAUGGUGAGGUGCUGGAGCGGAGUCUGGAAUGGACUGCUUGUAUCAGAGUGUCCAUUUUUAAACCCGUCUUAAAACUCAUUUUUAUUCAUUGACUUUCAACCCUGCAUGAGACUCGGCUCCUGUUUUAAUGUUUUACAAUUUGCUUUUAGUUAUUUGUUUCUAUGUUUUUAAAUUAGUUUUUAAUAACAUUGAAACUAUAUUUUACUUUUUAAUACCUGCCAUUUUUUUAUCCAUUGUUUUAAUUGUUUUCUUUUUUUGUGUUUUUUUUAUGUUUGCUUUGUUUUGUCUAUUUAUGUACAACACUUUGUUCAGCUGUGGUUGUUGUAAAGUGCUUUACAAAUAAAAUUGAGUUGAGUUGAGUGCUGAUAUGGGAGAUGCAGGCCGAUAUAAUCCGAUAUUUGUUUUUUUUGGUUGAUAUCGGACCCAUAUCAAUAUUGUAUCGGGACAGCCCCAUGGUUCACUUUGAAGUUUGGUGUUUAAAAAACGAAAACUGUUCGUGUUAGGAUCCCUUUGUGUCACUGAUGAUAAAUGUUCUCCUUGCAGCAUAAUCAAUGGAUUCGCGUUACCAUUGAAAGAAGAGCACAAAAUAUUCCUCCUUAAAGUUCUGCUGCCUUUACACAAAGUCAAGUCUCUAAGUGUAUAUCACCCACAGGUAACCCCUUUGUCUUCCUUACAUACAGCGUAUCAUCACUUUAUUUUACAUUCCUGCUGUUCUGUUGGAAAUGGUAACACGGUGCUGUUUUUCUCUUUUCAAGCUGGCCUACUGUGUGGUACAGUUCUUAGAAAAGGAUAGCACCCUCACUGAACCAGUAAGAAAUAAUUUAUUUAUGUUGUUAAGUUGUUAACGUCAAUGAUGGAAUUAUCUGUCAAUGUCCUGCCUCCUGUCUGAUAAGUCAAUAUCCGUACAAACCCCAAGAACUCAGUCUGCAAAAGUCUCGGUUAGUUUGUUGUUUGGUUGCAGUUUGAAUUCUCUGGUCAUUUGAAACCACCUAGAUUUCCUGAUUGUGUUAUUUUCAAGUAUUAGCCAAGAACAAAAGGAUUGAAAGGUAAUGGGUUACAUUAAAUGGAGAAAAUGGGAUUUCUUUUUUUCUUUUUUUUUGGCCAUUAUGAUUUCAGCGCAAGAGGCAGAAAAGCACAACCUAAUUUAAAGUCCAAUGAGAUACAAAUAAAUGAAUCCACAUUGUUUUCCUCCCUCGUACCUUUUGUUUGCAACCUCCCGCUGACCUUCAUUUUCACAUAAUUACUUGGACAAAUUGUCUGCUGGUACAUGUUAUUUUACCUCUCUCUCUCUGUAAUAACCCCGCUGCUCUCUGUGUGCAGACGGUGAUGGCUUUGUUAAAGUACUGGCCAAAAACCCAUAGUCCAAAAGAGGUGAUGUUCCUCAACGAACUGGAGGAGAUCCUGGACGUCAUUGAGCCGUCAGAGUUCGUCAAAGUCAUGGAGCCUCUCUUCAGACAGUUGGCCAAGUGUGUGUCCAGCCCACAUUUCCAGGUUUGUUUUUCAUUACAUUGCAAAUUUACCGUUAGUAGUUCUUCUCCUGGAUAUGCAGAACUUAAAUGUGUGUGUUAAUAUAAAGGUGGCAGAAAGGGCUCUGUACUACUGGAACAAUGAGUACAUCAUGAGCCUGAUCAGCGACAACGCCGCCAAGAUCCUGCCCAUUAUGUUCCCCUCGCUCUACCGCAACUCCAAGACCCACUGGAACAAGUGAGUCAAAACGCAAACAAUCUCACGUCUCCAUCUGUUUGAUAUCCGUUUGAUAUUAUGUUUUAAAUACAAACUGCAUGAAUAAAGUGAUCUUUGUCUGCAGGACGAUCCAUGGGUUGAUCUACAACGCUCUUAAACUUUUCAUGGAGAUGAACCAGAAGCUGUUUGACGACUGCACCCAACAGUUUAGAGCCGAGAAGAGCAAGUAAGUUUUCAGCAGAGCUACAACUUUGCUGCUCUCAUCACAAAGCGGCUAACAUUAGGGAAGAUACACAGCCAUUAUUAGAAGUGCAAAAUAGGUUUAAUAGGUUGAAACACAAACUCCUGAAUGCAAGAAAGUCAGCGUGAAUACUUUGAGUCUUUUUUUCUGUUUUAAAGCAACAUCUAAUGGUUUUCUUUUCGUUGCCUCAGAGAGAAAGCCAAAUGGAAAGAGAGAGAAGAAGCGUGGCUGAAGAUCGAGAAUCUUGCAAAGUCGAACCCGCAGGUGAGCUUAGACUCCGUGUCCCGUUCUCCUGCAAAUGUAAGAGGCUGAUGAUAAAUUCACAGAAAUUUUUUUGUGCUUAUGUAACUAAAAUAAAUACCAAUCCCAGUGCGAGAGCUGAAGUAACACCCAGUGAGUUUUCAUGGAUUUUGAUGGUGGUGUAAGAGCAAAGAGGCAUUUAGUUCUACCAACGACAUGGAAUGAUAUGAAAACAAAAUAUGUCCCUUUUUCUCCUUCUUUUUCCACCUGUGCAGUUUCUGAUGUACAUUGACUCUGUAGGCCCGGACGGUCCGAUUGACAUGGAAACGGACGGGCCGCUGCUCGACGACGUCAGCCUGCUUAAGAAAACUGUAGAGGAAGAAGCCACACAGGUCAGGAGUGACUUUUAGAGAAGAGGUCUUCAUGUAGAAGGAGGGAAUUUGUGGUCGAUGCUUAAAGAAAGGUGCCAGUCAACUUAAUCUCAUUCUAAAUUUUCAUUUUUCCCUCUAAUGUGGCCCAAAUCCUUCCUCAUAUGUACCUAAGUUUAUCAUAAAAGAGGUAAAAAUUCUAAAGAACAGUGAUAGCUUACCCAAAGAUGCCCGGUUGCAUUCAUCUAAAUCAAAGCUCGCCAUAUUUGGUUUGUGUUUUGGCCUGCCAGAGUUUAUUGAUGUUUACGCACAAGCACGGUAGAAGUCCAAUUUGUAGUACAUGCACAUGUCCUUGGUCAAUUAUGCUGAUUCUGAUUCUGAUCACCAUCAAAAAUAAGCUGCCAAUAGAUGGGUGUAUGCAUGUUAAAUGAGUCAGAACAGCUCCAAUGGAAUUAAUGAAGCUGAGCCGAAACAUCAAUCGAAGUUUGAACCCGGUCCAAGCUUAAAUAUUCAGAACCCCUUCAGUGAAUGUUGAACUUGAGGCAGAGUCACCGUCUCGUGAACGCCUGCCAUCAAGGAGAUUGUUCAUAGUCAGAGGAAGUGGAGUAUAGGACAAACUAAGAGUAUUUGAGCAUCUACCUCCAUUAAAGUUAUUUAUGUGUCUAUACAAGUCAUCCUAACAUCCUACGCUUAGGUCGUGUUCACACCGAAAGGUCCGUUUCCUGAUUCGAAUCCAAGGCAAGACGAUACAUUUAUUUGGAUCGUUUAAGUGGUCCAGUUUGCGUUCAUGAAGGACAAACUCAAUCGCUCCAGAAAGCAGAACCGGAUGUCACGUGGCCGCGAAUAUCGUUCGGUUAUUGGUCAUUAGUUUAUGCGGGAAUACAAACCCCGCUCUGCUGUCUUUGCCUGUCAUGGAGCAUCGUAGGCUGAUUUUGCUUUUGCUACUCAUCUGGAGCGCGUAUCAAUAGACGCUAGUCGAUCGUGUGUAUGAAUGGCUCGUUAGCCAGCAAGCGUGAACUGCGGCAUUAAUUAAUUCAUUCUGGAGUAGACGUGCUGCAAACAACAGACGGAUGAAGACGAGACGGCGACAGGUAUAAAUGAGAGCCUACCACAAUACAUUUUCUCUCUGGUGUCAAUUGGGACAAGUGAGGUGAGCGGACAACAUUUAUUUCACAACCUAGUCUAGGUGCGUUUCCUGUGAUUGGUGUGGAUGACGUUCACACCAGAAAUGAACCGCUCCAGAGUUCACUUGAUAGCGGUCCGAGAUCCACCUCUUCAGGCGGACCAGAGUUCGUUUAUUUGGUCCGCACUAGAAUUUGAGGUCAGCCUUCACACCGACCCAAACGAACCGCACCAAAGGGGUAAACGCUCCAGGGUUCGGUUCAACCGGACUAAACGAGGAUGGUGUGAACGCGCCCUUAGUCAUGUUGGCACUCACCUAACCCUCGCAUCAUGUAAAAUUUCACUCAUCAUGCAUCUUGUCUCCACAUGUCCAGAUCCAAAAAGAUCAGCGAAGGGAGCGCCCAUUGAUGCGGAGGAAAUCGGAGCUCCCCAAGGACAUCUGCACUGUCACAGCGUUGGAGUUGCACAGGAGGGCCGAGGAGAUGUUGACGACGCACGACGGCCACUAA